GCGAUGCGCACCCGCCACUCGAGUCGCGCGUAACGCGGGAAACACUUCGCAUAAUUAGUCCAACUCGUGUUCGGGACUACAGGGGUCUAGGACUCUCGGAGCAAGUUUGGCAGAAACGUUGGUUUUAUUGGCCAUUGUGUAGAGCGGGAAUUAUUUCUGCAUAACUAAGAUAACUGAUUAAAGUCAUUAUCAUAGGUAAUUAGCCACUAAUUACCUAUUAAACACUACUCCUGAGGGUUAGUUGUCAGUUUUUGUAAAUUUUUUGUGCUGGUAUAAAAAUAAGUUAUCUUUGUUUAAGUAAUUAAUUAUGCAAAUUAAUUAUUAAAGUCAACAUCAUUUAAUGCUUAAUUAAUUGUACUAUAUUGUUUGUUUGUUUUAUUAAAUUCAUUUAUAUUUAAUUUAAUAUUUUACAAUAGUGAGUAUGUCAUAUUUGCAUAAGUACCAGUUAUCUGUAUCUCUUGAAGCUCCGAUCGAUCUGUUCCCACGAUUCUGCCAAACGUACGAGUAUAUUCACAGUGCGUGCGAGUAUAUUCACAGUGCGUGCGAGUCAUCUGGUGUGCAUUACAAACUUUUUUGAUUCUGUGUUUGACUGUUAUUUGUGAGUGAUUAAUUUGGGACUUUUAAUCUUUGGGAGAUCGACGCAAAGGUCAUGGAUCUUAGUCAGAGACGUCGCGAGGGCCCGACAUGGCUGGAAUACCCAUCGUCGCGCCUGCGGCGGCUGCUGCGGGCCGCCUGCCGCGCGCCGCCCGCCCGCCCUACAGUCAUCACAGUGUCUGGUCGCGGUGACGUCAGCAGCUUCUUCAACACACAGAUGGUGCUCGACCUUAACGAAGAGUCGGGCGAGCUUAUCAAGUCGCCGUCGCCGCCGCCGAGCCACGAUGGUUCGGCGAGCGGCGAGGGCGAGAUGAGCGGCGACGAGCGGCUGCCGUCCCCGCCGCGCGCGCCGUCCGCGCCGCUGCCGCACGCCGCGCACCCGCACCACGCGCCGCACGCGCACGCCGCCGCCUCCGCCGCCUCCGCCGCCACCGCCGCCGUGCUCAAUGCAGCGGGCGCCGGCAACGCGCUGGCCCAGCUGCAGCACCUGCUGCUCACGCAGCACGGCGCGCACUCGCUGCUGCUGCACACGCAGGUGCAGCAGGCGGUGGCGCAGGCGGCGGCGCAGCAGCUGCAGCAGCUGCAGGCGCGCGCCGGCGCACAGCAGCCUCCCAGCCUAGACGGCAGAUCUCCGUCGCCGCGGCGGACGCCGCCGGGCGCGGGCGCGUUCCUGACGCCGCACACGCCGGGCUCGGGGCGCGCGCGCUCGCCGCAGCACGCGCUGGCGCUGGCGCACACGCCGCUGCACGCGCACGCGCACAAGCCGCGCGCGCUCGAGCCCGCCGCCGACGACACCGCCGACCUGGAGGAGCUCGAGCACUUCGCCAAGACCUUCAAGCAGCGCCGCAUCAAGCUCGGUUUCACCCAGGGUGACGUCGGCCUCGCGAUGGGCAAGCUGUACGGCAACGACUUCUCGCAGACGACGAUAUCUCGGUUCGAGGCGCUGAACCUGUCGUUCAAGAACAUGUGCAAGCUGAAGCCGCUGCUGCAGAAGUGGCUGGAGGACGCGGACUCGUCGCUGGCGGGCGGCGGCGGCGGCGCGGGCGCGGGGCUGGGCGCGGGGCUGGCGGAGGCCGUGGGCCGGCGCCGCAAGAAGCGCACGUCCAUCGAGUCCGGCGUGCGCGUGGCGCUCGAGAAGGCCUUCGUGCACAACCCCAAGCCCACCAGCGAGGAGAUCGCCGCGCUCGCCGACGCGCUCUGCAUGGAGAAGGAGGUCGUGCGCGUCUGGUUCUGCAACCGCCGGCAGAAGGAGAAGCGCAUCAACCCGCCGGCGGGCGAGGCGGGCGCGAGCCCGGGCGGCGCGGGCGGCGGCGUGCUGCUGCCGCUGCACCACGCGCCGCACGCGCUGCACGCGCUGCAGCCGCUGCAGCCGCUGGCGCUGCUGGCGCGCGCGCCGCCCCGCGACUGA